CUCAGUGGAGACCGGAGGGCCGGCGCGCAGCACCCACCGCGGCUUCCGGGAGGAGUUUUGGGCUCCGCGAGGUCCCUUCCAGCGCUGAGCCGCCCGGCAGAGGCCGUGGAGACGCCGCGAGCCCUCUCCGCGUCGUGGACGAGCGUCGCGCUCCUCACCAUGGGCGAGCCCGGCCUGGAGCUGGCGUCCAUGAUCCCCGCCCUGCGGGAGCUGGGCAGUGCCAGUGCAGAGGAAUAUAAUACAGUUGUGCAGAAGCCAAGACAAAUUCUAUGUCAGUUUAUUGACAGAAUACUCACAGAUGUAAAUGUUGUUGCUCUAGAGCUUGUAAAGAAAACUGACUCUCAGCCAACCUCUGUGAUGUUGCUUGAUUUCAUCCAGCAUAUCAUGAAGUCCUCCCCUCUUAUGUUUGUAAAUGUGAAUGGAAGCCAUGAGCAAAAUGAGGCCAAAGGCUGUUGUAUUGACUUUAGUAAUUGGAUCAUAAGAAGACUUCUGCGGAUUGCAGCAACUCCAUCCUGUCAUAUGUUACACAAGAAAAUCUGUGAAGUCAUCUGUUCAUUAUUGUUUCUUUUUAAAACCAAGAGUCCUACUAUUUUUGGAGUACUGACAAAGGAAUUAUUACAUCUUUUUGAAGACUUGAUUUACCUCCACAGAAGAAAUGCAAUGGGACACUUUGUGGAAUGGCCAGUGGUACUUAGCCGAUUUUUAAGUCAAUUAGAUGAACAUGUGGGAUAUUUACAAUCAGCUCCUUUAAAGUUUACGAACAUGCAAAAUUUAGAAUUUAUUGAAGUCACUUUAUUAACAGUUCUUAUUCGUAUUAUUGCAAUUGUGUUUUUUAGAAGACAAGAACUCUUACUUUGGCGGAUAGGAUGUGUUCUGCUGGAGUAUGGUAGUCCAAAAAUUAAAUCCUUGUCAAUUAGCCUUUUAACUGAACUCUUUGAGCUUGGAGGACUUCCAGCACAACUGGCUAGCACUUUUUUCAGUUCAUUUUUGGAAUUAUUAAAACACCUUGUAGAAAUGGAUGCUGACCAGUUGAAACUCUAUGAAGAUCCAUUAUCAAAGCUGAUAAAGACACUAUUCCCCUUUGAAGCAGAAGCUUAUAGAAAUAUUGAACCUGUCUAUUUAAAUAUGCUGCUGGAAAAACUCUGUGUCAUGUUUGAAAAUGGUGUGCUUAUGUGGCUUAAGUCUGAUUUGCUAAAAGGAGCUUUUUGCCAUUUACUGCAAUAUUUCCUUAAAUAUGUGCCUGCUGGGUAUGAGUCUGCUUUACAAGUUAGGAAGGUUUAUGUGAAAAAUAUUUGCAGAGCUCUCGUAGAUGUGCUUGGAAUUCAGGUAGAUGCAGAGUAUUUGUUGGGCCCACUUUAUGCAGCCUUAAAAAUGGAAAGUAUGGAAAUUAUUGAGGAAGUUCAAAUUCAACAGGAAAAUCUCAGCAGUAAUAGUGAUGGAAUAUCACCUAAAAGGCGUCGACUCAGCUCAUCUCUGAACUCUUCUAAAAGAGCAACAAAACAGACUGAGGAAAUCAAUCAUGUGGAUAUGAACAAAAAGAGCAUAUUAUGGAGUGCACUGAAACAGAAAGCUGAAUCCCUUCAGACCCUCCUUGACUGCAGUAGUCUAAAGAAUCCUGUUACUGAGACGUUAGAAGGAAUUGCUGUUGUCUUACAACUGACUGCUCUGUGUACUGUUUAUUGUUCUCCUCAAAACAUGGACUGCCAUAACUUCAAAGACUGUCACCAGAAGUGUAAGAAGAACACUUCAGUAGUAAUUACUUGGAUGUCUUUGGAUUUUUACACAAAAGUGCUUAAGAGCUGUAGGAGUUUGUUGGAAUGUGUUCAGAAACCUGAUCUGGAAGCAGUUAUCGAUAAAGUGAUAAAAAUAUAUGAUGUUUUGAUUUAUAUUCAAGUAAAAACUUCAUUUGAAGAUCAUAUUCUGGAAGAUUUAUGUGGAAUGCUCUCACUUCCAUGGAUUUAUUCCCAUUCUGAUGAUGGCUCUUUAAAAUUGACCACAUUUGCCACUAAUCUUCUAACAUUAAGCCAGAGGACUUCAGAUAGCUUCUCACCACAGGCUCAGUCACGAUGUGUGUUUCUUCUAACUCUGUUUCCAAGAAGAAUAUUCCUUGAAUGGAGAAUAGCAGUUUACAGCUGGGCCCUGCAGAGCUCCCAUGAAGUAAUCAGAACUAGUUGUGUUAAUGGAUUUUUUAUAUUAUUUCAGAAGCAGAAUUCUUAUCACACAGUUCCCAAGAUUCUUAUAGAUAAAGUUAAAGAUGAUUCUGAUAUUGUCAAGAAAGAAUUUGCCUCUAUACUUGGUCAACUUGUCUGUAUACUUCAUGGCAUGUUUUAUUUGACAAGUUCUUUAAUAGAACCUUUUUCUGAACAUGGACAUAUUGACUUCUGUAAGAGCUUAAAAGUCACUUCUCAACAUGAAUGUUUAUCUUCUCGACUAAGAGCUUCUGUUUUCAAGCCAUUCCUUUUUCUACUGAAAGAAAAAGUACCUAGUCUAGUGAAACUUGCUUUCAUAGAUAAUUUGUGUCAUCUUUGUAAGCAUCUUGAUUUUAGAGAAGAUGAAACAGAUGUAAAAACAGUUCUUGGAACUUUAUUAAAUUUAAUGGAAGAUCCAGACAAGGAUGUUAGAGUGGCUUUUAGUGGAAAUAUCAAGCAUAUAUUGGAAUCCUUGGACUCUGAAGAUGGAUUUAUAAAAGAGCUUUUUGUCUUAAGAAUGAAGGAAGCAUAUACACAUGCUCAAAUAUCAAGAAAUAAUGAGCUGAAGGAUACCUUGAUUCUUACAACAGGGGAUAUUGGAAGGGCAGCAAAAGGAGAUUUGGUACCUUUUGCACUUUUGCACUUACUGCAUUGUUUACUAUCCAAGUCAGCAUCUGUCUCUGGAGCAGCAUACACAGAAAUUAGAGCCCUGGUUGCAGCUAAAAGUGUUAAACUGCAAAACUUUUUCAGCCAGUAUAAGAAACCCAUCUGUCAGUUUUUGGUGGAAUCCCUCCACUCCAGUCAGAUUGCAGUACUUCCUAGUACUCCAUGCCAGAAUACUGAGAUGCGCAAACAAGAUAUGGCUCACCAGAGAGAAAUGGCUUUAAAUACCUUGUCUGAAAUUGCCAAUGUUUUUGACUUUCCGGAUCUUAAUCGUUUCCUUACCAGGACAUUACAACUUCUGCUUCCUGACCUUGCUGCCAAAGCAAGCCCUGCAGCAUCUGCUCUCAUUAGAACUUUAGGAAAACAAUUAAAUGUCAAUCGUAGAGAGAUUUUAAUAAAUAACUUCAAAUAUAUUUUUUCUCACUUGGUUUGUUCCUGUUCCAAGGAUGAAUUAGAACGUGCCCUUCAUUACUUAAAGAAUGAAACAGAAAUUGAACUGGGGAGCCUGUUGAGACAAGAUUUCCAAGGAUUGCAUAAUGAAUUAUUGCUACGGAUUGGAGAAAACUAUCAACAGGUUUUCAAUGGUUUGUCAAUCCUUGCUUCGUUCGCAUCUAGUGAUGAUCCAUAUCAGGGCCCAAGAGAUAGUAUAUCACCUGAACUAAUGAGAGGAAGUGAAAGGGAUAGAGAGUUAGAAAUAUCGAUGAAACAGAAACAUCAAUCAGCUGCUCCUGCACACUGCCUCCUGGGGAACGAGCCUUCAACCAGGGCUGAUUAUUUGCAACCCAAGUUGUUGGGCAUUUUGGCUUUUUUUAACAUGCAGUUACUGAGCUCCAGUGUUGGCAUUGAAGAUAAGAAAAUGGCCUUGAACAGUCUGAUGUCCUUGAUGAAACUGAUGGGGCCCAAACAUGUCAGUUCUGUGCGGGUGAAGAUGAUGACCACACUGAGAACUGGUCUUCGAUUCAAGGAUGAUUUUCCUGAAUUGUGUUGCAGAGCUUGGGACUGCUUUGUUCGUUGUCUGGAUCAUGUUUAUCUAGGCUCCCUUCUCAGUCAUGUGAUAGUAGCUUUGUUACCUCUCAUACACAUCCAGCCUAAGGAAACUGCAGCUAUAUUUCACUACCUUAUCAUUGAAAACAGGGAUGCUGUACAAGAUUUUCUUCAUGAAAUAUAUUUUUUACCUGACCAUCUAGAAUUAAAAAAGAUAAAAGCAGUUCUACAGGAAUACAGAAAGGAAACCUCUGAGAGUAAUGAUCUUCAGACAACUCUGCAGCUAUCGAUGAAAGCAAUCCAACAUGAAAAUGUAGACGUUCGUAUUCAUGCUCUUACAAGCUUGAAGGAAACCUUGUAUAAAAAUCAGGAAAAACUAAUAAAAUAUGCAACAGAUAGUGAGACAGUGGAACCUGUUAUCUCACAGCUGGUGACAGUGCUUUUGAAAGGUUGCCAAGAUGCAAACUCUCAAGCUCGGUUGCUCUGUGGGGAAUGUUUAGGGGAGUUGGGGGCAAUAGAUCCAGGUCGACUAGAUUUUUCAACAUCUGAAACCCAAGGAAAAGAUUUUACAUUUGUGACUGGAGUAGAAGAUUCGAGUUUUGCCUAUGGAUUAUUGAUGGAACUGACAAGGGCUUACCUUGCAUAUGCAGAUAAUAGCCGAGCUCAAGAUUCUGCUGCUUAUGCCAUUCAAGAGUUACUUUCGAUUUAUGACUGUAGAGAGAUGCAGACCGACAGCCCAGGUCACCAAUUGUGGAGGAAAUUUCCUGAGCAUGUUCGGGAAAUAUUGGAACCUCAUCUAAAUACUAGAUACAAGAGUUCUCAGAAGUCAACAGAUUGGUCUGGAGUAAAGAAGCCAAUUUACUUAAGUAAAUUAGGUAAUAACUUUGCAGAAUGGUCAGCAUCUUGGGCAGGUUAUCUUAUAACAAAGGUUCGGCAUGAUCUUGCCAGUAAAAUUUUCACCUGCUGUAGCAUUAUGAUGAAGCAUGAUUUCAAGGUGACCAUCUAUCUUCUUCCACAUAUUUUAGUGUAUGUGUUGUUGGGUUGUAAUCAAGAAGAUCAGCAGGAGGUUUAUGCAGAAAUUAUGGCAGUUCUAAAGCAUGAUGAUCAGCAUACUAUAAAUACCCAAUACAGUGCAUCUGACCUGUGUCAACUUAGUACACAAACUGUAUUCUCCAUGAUUGACCAUCUCACACAAUGGUCAAGGCACAAAUUUCAGGCACUGAAUGCUGAGAAAUUUCCACAAAGCAAAUCAAACAGAGAUAAGGUAGACUCAAUGGUAUCUACUGUGGAUCAUGAAGACUAUCAGAGUGUAACUCGUUUUCUUGACCUCAUACCUCAGGAUACUCUGGCAGUAGCUUCUUUUCGCUCUAAAGCAUACACAAGAGCUGUAAUGCACUUUGAAUCAUUUAUUACAGAAAAGAAGCAAGAUAUUCAAGAGCAUCUUGGAUUUUUACAGAAAUUAUAUGCUGCUAUGCAUGAACCAGAUGGAGUAGCUGGAGUCAGUGCAAUCCGAAAGGCAGAACCAUCUCUAAAAGAACAGAUCCUUGAGCAUGAGAGCAUUGGCUUACUGAGGGAUGCCACUGCUUGUUAUGACAGGGCCAUUCAGCUAGAACCAGACCAGAUCAUUCAUUAUCACGGUGUAGUGAAGUCCAUGUUAGGUCUUGGUCAACUAUUUACUGUAAUCACUCAGGUGAAUGGAGUGCAUGCUAACAGGUCUGAAUGGACAGACGAAUUAAACACAUACAGAGUGGAAGCAGCUUGGAAGUUAUCACAGUGGGAUUUGGUGGAAAAUUAUUUGGCAGCAGAUGGGAAAUCUACCACAUGGAGUGUCAGACUGGGGCAGCUAUUAUUAUCAGUCAAAAAAAGAGAUACCACAGCUUUUUAUGAUACAUUGAAACUAGUGAGAGCCGAACAAAUUGUACCUCUUUCAGCUGCAAGCUUUGAAAGAGGCUCUUACCAACGAGGAUAUGAGUAUAUUGUCAGAUUACACAUGUUGUGUGAGUUGGAGCAUAGCAUCAAACCACUUUUCCAUGAGUCUCUAGGUGAUAAUUCUCAAGAAGAUUCUCUAAACUGGGUAGCUCGACUAGAAAUGACCCAGAAUUCCUAUAGAGCCAAGGAACCCAUUCUGGCUCUUCGGAGAGCUUUAUUAAGCCUCAACAAAAGACAAGAUUACAAUGAAAUGGUUGGAGAAUGCUGGCUACAGAGUGCCAGAGUAGCUAGAAAGGCUGGUCACCACCAGACAGCCUACAAUGCUCUGCUCAAUGCUGGAGAAUCACGACUUGCUGAACUGUAUGUGGAAAGAGCAAAGUGGCUGUGGUCCAAGGGUGAUGUUCACCAGGCACUAAUUGUUCUUCAGAAGGGUGUUGAAUUAUGUUUCCCUGAAAAUAAAACUCCAACUGAGAGUAAGGACAUGUUAAUCCAUGGUCGAGCUAUGCUGCUAGUAGGUCGAUUUAUGGAAGAAACAGCUAACUUUGAAAGCAAUGCAGUUAUGAAAAAAUAUAAGGAUGUGACCUUGUUCCUGCCAGAGUGGGAGGAUGGGCACUUUUACCUUGCCAAGUAUUAUGACAAAUUGAUGCCCAUGGUCACAGAUAACAAAAUGGAAAAGCAGGGUGAUCUCAUUCGGUAUAUUGUGCUUCAUUUCGGAAGAUCUCUACAAUAUGGAAAUCAAUUCAUAUAUCAGUCAAUGCCACGGAUGUUAUCACUAUGGCUUGAUUUUGGUGCUAAGGCAUAUGAAUGGGAAAAAGCUGGCCGGUCUGAUCGUGUCCAAAUGAGAAAUGAUUUAGCUAAAAUAAAUAAAGUUAUCACAGAACACACAAGUCAAUUAGCUCCAUAUCAGUUUUUAACUGCUUUUUCACAGUUGAUCUCUCGAAUUUGUCAUUCUCAUGAUGAAGUUUUUGUUGUCUUGAUGGAAAUUAUAGCUAAAGUCUUUCUGGCCUAUCCUCAGCAAGCAAUGUGGAUGAUGACAGCUGUCUCAAAGUCUUCUUAUCCCAUGCGUGUGAACAGAUGCAAGGAAAUCCUAAAUAAAGCCAUUCAUAUGAAAAAAUCUUUAGAAAAGUUUGUUGGAGAUGCAACUCGUCUGACAGAUAAGCUUCUAGAAUUGUGCAAUAAACCGGUGGAUGGAAAUAGUUCCACAUUGAGCAUGAAUACUCAUUUUAAAAUGCUUAAAAAGCUGGUAGAAGAAGCAACAUUUAGUGAAAUCCUCAUUCCUUUACAAUCAGUCAUGAUACCUACUCUUCCAUCAAUUCUGGGCACCCAUGCUAACCAUGAUCCAUUUCCUGGUCAUUGGGCUUAUAUUGCAAGUUUUGAUGAUACGGUGGAAAUUCUUGCUUCUCUUCAGAAACCAAAGAAGAUAUCUUUAAAAGGAUCAGAUGGAAAGUUCUACAUCAUGAUGUGUAAGCCAAAAGAUGACCUGAGAAAGGAUUGUAGACUAAUGGAAUUCAAUUCCUUGAUUAAUAAGUGCUUAAGAAAAGAUGCAGAAUCUCGUAGAAGAGAGCUUCAUAUCCGAACAUAUGCAGUUAUUCCAUUGAAUGAUGAGUGUGGAAUUAUUGAAUGGGUUAACAACACAGCUGGCUUGAGACCUAUUCUCACCAAACUAUAUAAAGAAAAGGGAGUUUAUAUGACAGGGAAGGAACUUCGCCAGUGUAUGCUACCAAAGGCAGCAGCUUUGUCUGAAAAACUCAAAAUAUUCCAAGAAUUUCUUCUGCCCAGACAUCCUCCUGUUUUUCAUGAGUGGUUUCUGAGAACAUUCCCUGAUCCAACAUCAUGGUACAGUAGCAGAUCAGCAUAUUGCCGUUCCACCGCAGUUAUGUCAAUGGUUGGUUAUAUCCUGGGCCUUGGAGACCGUCAUGGUGAAAACAUUCUCUUUGAUUCUUUGACUGGUGAAUGUGUACAUGUGGAUUUCAACUGUCUCUUCAAUAAGGGAGAAACCUUUGAAGUUCCGGAAAUUGUUCCAUUUCGCCUGACUCAUAAUAUGGUUAAUGGAAUGGGUCCUAUGGGAACAGAAGGUCUUUUUCGAAGAGCUUGUGAAGUUACAAUGAGGCUGAUGCGAGAUCAGAGAGAGCCUUUAAUGAGUGUCUUAAAGACUUUUCUACAUGAUCCUCUUGUGGAAUGGAGUAAACCGGUAAAAGGGCAUUCCAAAGCACUACUGAAUGAAACUGGGGAAGUUGUUAACGAAAAGGCCAAGACCCAUGUUCUUGACAUUGAGCAGCGACUGCAAGGUGUAAUCAAGACCCGAAACAGAGUGACAGGGCUGCCCUUAUCUAUUGAAGGACAUGUACAUUACCUUAUACAAGAAGCUACCGAUGAAAACUUACUAUGCCAAAUGUACCUUGGUUGGACUCCAUAUAUGUGAAAUUAAAUUACUUCAAAGAAUAUGUUAAUAAUCCAAAGUUAACAUAUUUGGUAUUAAUCUGUUUUUAUCUAUUGAAUUCCGAAGUACAAUAUAAGUUGCUUUAUGUUCUCAAAGCAACUGUAUUAUUUCUCCCUUUAUGUUAACAAUAUUUAAAGUAAUAUAUGUUGUUAUUAAGAAAUAAACUGCUUUAUUACUA